AACAAAACCUAAGCGGGCUUUCUUCCUUCCCAGGCUUCCCUGGAAGCGGCUCAGUCCGCCUCAGUCCUCCUCGGGCAGCAGGUCGUCGCAGAUCUCCACCAUGAGCACGCUGAACCAGCAGUACGAGGAGAAAGUGCGUCCCUGCAUCGACCUGAUCGACUCGCUGCGCUCCCUGGGAGUGGAGAAGGACCUGGCGCUGCCCGCCAUCGCCGUGAUCGGAGACCAGAGCUCGGGGAAGAGCUCCGUGCUGGAGGCGCUGUCCGGGGUGGCUCUGCCCAGAGGGAGCGGUGAGAGGACCGCCCUCACACUUCACUCAUCAUCUGGAUUUAUACUGUUUUAUUAGACGGGAUAUAAGUAGACAGACAGAGUGUCUGAGUCUAAGCUGUUACUCUGUGAUAAUAAUAUUGAUAUUCAUUGUCAGAAGCUUGGAGUGAAAUGCCAAAAUUAGGGUCAGUUACUUGACCAGAAAGUGUGGG